AUGUGGCCCCAACCCCACCGCCCUACCCAUCCCAUGAUGUCCGAAGAAACCCCACAGAUCAAAAUGGCCAAGGCCAAGGAAAAGUUGAGAGACGCUCAUCCCCGCAACCCUCGUGUUGGUACAGGAGCAAGCGGCCAAAAGAAGAACAUAAAUAAUGGCGCUAACCCUGAGACAACCACUUCUAGUGGUUGCCACUCACCAGAGGAUGAAACGAAGGCAAGCCACCAACAUCAGGAUGCCCUAAGGAGGGAGCUAGAGGCCCAGGUUCAUACCACACAAAUCCUUACAUUCAGAAAACGGAGCUUCAGACGGCAACUCUAUUACAGCCAGCAUGCUGUCCAGCAGUUGCAAGGAGAGACCAGGGAUCUGGUGUGCCGCCUCCAUGAAUCAUGGAAGUUUUCCAGAGAAUUAGAGUGGGCCCUCUCUGAUAUCACCACACAGAAGAGGAAGGCAGACAGGUACAUCGAGGAGUUAACGAAGGAGAGGGACGCCCUGAGUCUGGAACUGUACAGGAACACCAUAAUCGAUGAGGAGCUGAAGCAGAAAAAUAUCAAAUUAGAAGAAAAACUUCGACUUCAAGAGACUCAAAAGACUGAGAUCCAGCUCAACGUAAAGGAGCUAGAAAGGAAGCUGGAGAGGGCCAAGCUCCUGCUGCCACAGCAGCAGCUGCAGGAGGAGGCUGACCACCUGGGUAAGGAGCUUCAGAGUGUGUCAGCAAAGCUCCAAGCCCAGGUGGAAGAGAACAAGUUGUGGAACCGCCUGUACCAGCAACAGGAAGAGAAGAUGUGGAGGCAGGAGGAGAAGAUACAGGAGCAGGAGGAGAAGAUACGGGAGCAGGAGGAGAAGAUGCGAGAGCAGGAAAAGAAGAGGCAGGAGCAGGAGGAGAAGAUGCGGAGGCAGGAGGAGAAGAUGUGGGAGAAGGAGAAGAAGAUGCGGGAGCAGGAGGAGAAGAUGUGGAGGCAGGAGAAGAAGCUACGGGAGCAGGAAGAGAAGAUGUGGAGGCAGGAGGAGAAGAUACGGGAGCAGGAGAAGAAGAUCUGGGAGAAGGAGGAGAUGAUGCAGGAGCAGGAGGAGAUGUGGAGGCAGGAAAAGAUACAGGAGCAGGAGGAGAAUAUGCACAAUCAGGAGGAGAAGAUACGGGAGCAGGAGGAGAAGAUACACGAGCAGGAGGAGAGUAUACGAGAGCAGGAGAAGAAGAGGCAGGAGCAGGAGGGGAAGACGCGGAGGCAGGAGGAGAAGAUACAGGAGCAGGAGGAGAAGAUACGGGAGCAGGAGGAGAAGAUACACGAGCAGGAGGAGAAUAUACGAGAGCAGGAGAAGAAGAGGCAGGAGCAGGAGGGGAAGAUGUGGAGGCAGGAGGAGAAGAUACAGGAGCAGGAGGAGAAGAUACAGGAGCAGGAGGAGAAGAUACAGGAGCAGAAGCAGAAGAUACGGGAGCAGGAGGAGAAGAUACAGGAGCAGGAGGAGAUGUGGAGGCAGGAGGAGAAGAUACAGGAGCAGGAGGAGAAUAUACACAAUCAGGAGGAGAAGAUACAGGAGCAGGAGGAGAAGAUACACGAGCAGGAGGAGAAUAUACGAGAGCAGGAAAAGAAGAGGCAUGAGCAGGAGGAGAGGAUACGGAGGCAGGAGGAGAAAAUGUGGAGCCAGGAGGAGAAGAUACGGGAGCAGGAGGAGAAGAUACGGGAGCAGGAGCAGAAGAUACGGGAGCAGGAGGAGAAGAUACAGGAGCAGGAGGAGAUGUGGAGGCAGGACGAGAAGAUACAGGAGCAGGAGGAGAAUAUGCACAAUCAGGAGGAGAAGAUACGGGAGCAGGAGGAGAAGAUACAUGAGCAGGAGGAGAAUAUACGAGAGCAGGAGAAGAAGAGGCAGGAGCAGGAGGAGAAGAUGCGGAGGCAGGAGGAGAAAAUGUGGAGCCAGGAGGAGAAGAUACAGGAGCAGGAGGAGAAGAUACGAGAGCAGGAGCAGAAGAUACGGGAGCAGGAGGAGAAGAUACAGGAGCAGAAGCAGAAGAUACGGGAGCAGGAGGAGAAGAUACAGGAGCAGGAGGAGAUGUGGAGGCAGGAGGAGAAGAUACAGGAGCAGGAGGAGAAUAUACACAAUCAGGAGGAGAAGAUACAGGAGCAGGAGGAGAAGAUACACGAGCAGGAGGAGAAUAUACGAGAGCAGGAAAAGAAGAGGCAUGAGCAGGAGGAGAGGAUGCGGAGGCAGGAGGAGAAAAUGUGGAGCCAGGAGGAGAAGAUACGGGAGCAGGAGGAGAUGUGGAGGCAGGACGAGAAGAUACAGGAGCAGGAGGAGAAUAUGCACAAUCAGGAGGAGAAGAUACGGGAGCAGGAGGAGAAGAUACAUGAGCAGGAGGAGAAUAUACGAGAGCAGGAGAAGAAGAGGCAGGAGCAGGAGGAGAAGAUGCGGAGGCAGGAGGAGAAAAUGUGGAGCCAGGAGGAGAAGAUACGGGAGCAGGAGGAGAAGAUACGGGAGCAGGAGCAGAAGAUAUGGAGGCAGGAGGAGAAGAUAUGGGAGCAGAAGGAGACGAUGCGGGAGCAGGAUGAGAUGAUGCGGAAGCAGGAGGAGAAGAUGUGUGAGCAGGAGGAGACGCUGUUGGAGAAGGAGGAGAAGAUGUGUGAGCAGGAGGAGAAGCUGUGGGAGAAGGAGAAGAUGAUGCGGGAGCAGGAGGAGAAGAUGUGGAGGCAGGAGGAGAAGAUACAGGAGCAGGAGGAGAAGAUACAGGAGCAGGAGGAGAAGAUACGAGAGCAGGAGCAGAAGAUACGGGAGCAGGAGGAGAAGAUACGUGAGCAGGAGGAGAAGCUGUGGGAGAAGGAGAAGAUGAUGCGGGAGCAGGAGGAGAAGAUGUGGAGGCAGGAGAAGAAGCUACGGGAGCAGGAAGAGAAGACGUGGAGGCAGGAGGAGAAGAUACGGGAGCAGGAGAAGAAGAUCUGGGAGAAGGAGGAGAUGAUGCAGGUGCAGGAGGAGAUGUGGAGGCAGGAAAAGAUACAGGAGCAGGAGGAGAAUAUGCACAAUCAGGAGGAGAAGAUACGGGAGCAGGAGGAGAAGAUACACGAGCAGGAGGAGAAUAUACGAGAGCAGGAAAAGAAGAGGCAUGAGCAGGAGGAGAGGAUGCGGAGGCAGGAGGAGAAAAUGUGGAGCCAGGAGGAGAAGAUACAGGAGCAGGAGGAGAAGAUACGGGAGCAGGAGCAGAAGAUACGGGAGCAGGAGGAGAAGAUACAGGAGCAGGAGGAGAUGUGGAGGCAGGACGAGAAGAUACAGGAGCAGGAGGAGAAUAUGCACAAUCAGGAGGAGAAGAUACGGGAGCAGGAGGAGAAGAUACACGAGCAGGAGCAGAAUAUACGAGAGCAGGAGAAGAAGAGGCAGGAGCAGGAGGAGAAGAUGCGGAGGCAGGAAGAGAAAAUGUGGAGCCAGGAGGAGAAGAUACGGGAGCAGGAGCAGAAGAUAUGGAGGCAGGAGGAGAAGAUAUGGGAGCAGAAGGAGACGAUGCGGGAGCAGGAUGAGAUGAUGUGGGAGCAGGAGAAGAAGAUGUGUGAGCAGGAGGAGAAGCUGUUGGAGAAGGAGGAGAAGAUGUGUGAGCAGGAGGAGAAGCUGUGGGAGAAGGAGAAGAAGAUGCGGGAGCAGGAGGAGAAGAUGUGGAGGCAGGAGAAGAAGCUACGGGAGCAGGAAGAGAAGAUGUGGAGGCAGGAGGAGAAGAUACGGGAGCAGGAGAAGAAGAUCUGGGAGAAGGAGGAGAUGAUGCAGGAGCAGGAGGAGAUGUGGGAGCAGGAAGAGAAGAUGUGGGAGCAGGAAGAGAAGAUGUGGGAGCAGGAAGAGAAGAUGUGUGAGCAGGAGGAGAAGAUGCAGAGGCAGGAGGAGAAGAUGCGGGAGCAGGAAAUGAGGCUGUGGCAGCAGGAGGAGAAGAUGCAGGAGCAGGAGGAGCAUCUGAAAGCUGCCAUCUACCGAGCAGAUGACAAGAAGGCAAAAACAAUCUAAAAGCCGGAAGCAAGGCCUGGAGAGGAGUCGGCCGCCAUUUAGA